GGCGCUAUAGGAUAAGAUGAAACAGUGCUUAGCCCUGUGGGCUCCACUAUUCAGAGGACCAGGGAACAGCCAAUCCGUUGAGAAGGGAGGUAUUACAGGAGCUUUACCGACAGAGCUGUCAAGGGAUUUUCAAUAGAAAAAUCGGGAAUUCCUCUAUCAAAAUUGGAACCAAAUUUAAUUUUUGCAACAAAAGAGAUUGCCUGAAGGAACUAUGGGAACCAGAAGGAUGAUGAUUCUACAGAAAAGGCAAGUCUUGGUUUUCUUUGUUUUGCUGGGAUUGUCUAGGGCAAGUACUGAAUCUUUGCACUAUUCUGUAGCAGAGGAAACAGAAAUUGGCUCUUUUGUGGCUAACCUGGCAAAAGAUCUGGGGCUGGGAGUAGCGGAGCUGUCCUCCAGGGAGGCCAGAGUAGUGUCGGAUGAUAAUAAAAAGCGUUUACACCUUAAUUUGCUGACCGGAGAUAUGCUGGUGAGUGAGAGACUGGACAGGGAAGAGCUGUGUGGCUCCUCGCAGCCCUGCGUGCUGCCUUUUCAGGUGGUAUUGGAAAACCCUUUACAGUUUUAUCGAGCUGAACUGCAUGUCAGGGAUAUAAAUGAUCACUCCCCCACAUUCCUGGACAAGGAAAUAUCUAUUAAAAUACCAGAAAGUGCAAUGAUCGGAGCCACGUUUUUAAUUGAGAACGCACAAGAUCUGGAUGUAGGAAGCAACGGUCUCCAGGACUACACCAUUAGCCCCAAUUCUCAUUUCUAUGUUAAAAUUCAUGACAGCGGUGAUGGAAAGAUGUAUCCGGAGCUGGUUCUAGACAGAGCUUUGGAUCAUGAGGCAGAAUCCGUGCUUAGACUGACACUUACAGCCCUGGAUGGUGGGUCUCCACCCAGGUCUGGGACGACAUCGGUUCUCAUAAAGGUCAUGGACAUCAAUGACAACGCUCCUGAGUUUGCUCAGAGUUUCUAUGAGGUGCAGGUCCCAGAGGACACCCCCGUUGGUUCCAGUAUUAUUGCUAUUACUGCUACAGAUUUAGAUAUAGGAAAUUAUGGAAAAAUAUCAUAUUCAUUUUUGCAUGCAUCAGAAGGCAUUAGAAAAACCUUUAAAAUCAACCCAACAUCUGGGGAAGUCAACUUGAGAUCAUUACUGGAUUUUGAAGUAAUACAAUCCCACUCUGUCGAUAUCCAAGCAACAGAUGGUGGAGGUCUUUCAGCAAAAUGCACUCUUUUAGUUAAAGUAUUGGAUAUAAACGACAACGCACCGGAAGUGACCAUAUCGUCGAUUACAAAGACAGUUCCAGAGAAUGCUUCAGAGACCCUGGUCGCUCUUUUCAGUGUCCGAGAUCAAGAUUCUGGGGACAAUGGAAGGAUCCUUUGCUCUAUUCAGGACGACCUUCCAUUUAUCCUGAAACCCACCUUCAAGAACUUUUUCACCCUCCUUUCUGAAAAAGCACUGGACAGAGAGAGCAGAUCUGAGUACAACAUCACCAUCACAGUCACCGACAUGGGCACACCCAGGCUCACAACCCAGCACACCAUAACAGUGCAGGUGUCUGAUGUCAACGACAACGCCCCCGCCUUCACACAAAGCUCCUACACACUCUUUGUUGAGGAGAACAACAGCCCCGCCCUGCACAUAGGCACCAUCAGCGCCACAGACUCAGACUCAGGCUCCAAUGCCCACAUCACCUACUCGCUGCUGCCCACCCACGACCCACAGCUGGACCUCUCCUCGCUCAUCUCCAUCAAUGCCGACAAUGGGCAGCUGUUCGCGCUCAGAGCGCUGGACUAUGAGGCCCUGCAGACCUUCGAGUUUCAAGUGAGCGUCACAGACCAAGGCUUGCCCGCUCUCAGUAGUCAGGCGCUGGUGCGCGUGCAGGUGCUGGACGCCAACGACAAUGCGCCCUUCGUGCUCUACCCACUGCAGAAUGCUUCUGCGCCCUUCACAGAGCUGCUGCCCAGGGCGGCUGAACCUGGCUACCUGGUCACCAAGGUGGUGGCUGUGGACCCUGACUCUGGCCAGAACGCCUGGCUGUCGUUCCAGCUGCUCAAGGCCACAGAGCCAGGACUGUUCAGCGUGUGGGCUCACAAUGGCGAGGUGCGCACCUCCAGGCUGCUGAGUGAGCGCGAUGCUCCCAAGCACAGGCUGCUGCUGCUGGUCAAGGACAAUGGCGAUCCUCCGCGGUCUGCCAGUGUCACUCUGCAUGUGCUCCUGGUGGAUGGCUUCUCUCAGCCCUACCUGCCUCUGCCUGAGGUGGCGCGCGACUCCACCCAGGAAGAGGAUGCGCUCACGCUGUACCUGGUUAUCGCCUUGGCGUCUGUGUCUUCGCUCUUUCUCUUGUCUGUGCUUCUGUUCGUGGGGGUGAGGAUGUGCAGGAGGGCCAGGGCGUCCACUCUGGGUGACUACUCUGUGCCUGAGGGACACUUUCCUGGCCAUCUGGUGGACAUCAGCGGCACGGGGACUCUGUCCCAGACCUACCAGUAUGAGGUAUGUCUGACUGAAGGUACUGGGACUAAUGAGUUCAAAUUCCUGAAGCCAGCCAUCCCCAGUCUUCAACUCCACGAUGCUGGUUCUAAUGUGCAGGAAAAGGAGAACUUUCACAAUAGUCUUGGGUUUAAUAUCCAAUAAAAUCUCCUUUAAACUCUGAACAUUUUACCUUCAUUGUCAAAUUGCAGGUGAUUCUUUUUCCUAAUCUGCAAUGGAUUUUAGGGUUUUAUUGAUGUUGCAUGCGUUUUCAUUUCACAUGUAUCUCUCACAGUUGCUUUAAAGAUCGUUACGGGGUUUAGGAUGUAUAGAAACAAUCUUCACUUUUUGUUUAUUUUGUCGGAGUUUUAUGUUAACGGUUCUACGGUUUGUUAAGCCAGACACAGAAAUGGAGAUGCUGACUGAAGUAUUGAGAGUAAAUGUGUUGAGCUGGUGGUUACUGUGCCUGCUGGGGUCCAAGGCAGGCAGUUCUGGGUGGAUCUGCAACAAAAGGAAGCGAGGGAGGAAGUGGAGGAGGGAACCAAAAAGGGGCCAAUGCCGCCACAUAAGGGAGUUAUUCCCAUAUACAAUAAAAUCCAGCGAGCAGGGAUGUUAAAUGCUGCUGCAUCUGGGUAGAAAUUAUAUUGAACUAUUAGUAUUCUUUGUCAGAUUACUUUAUCAUAAAAGAUUUUUUUUAAAUGCUGCCUCUCUGUAUCCAGUCAUGGAGGACUUUGUGUACUCAUGUUUUCAUGAACUGAUUUCUGUCCGUGUGCCCUGCAUUAAAUACUGAUUGUUCAAGUAAUUUUUCUUUAUCUAUUUUCUAAUCGCUUCUUCUAAUUCUCAAAAUAUUCUAGGUCUUGAUACUGCUGUUGCUUGUUUUUAAAUACACGUUUGCUUGGUUAAAAUUCAUGG